GAACUGUUUAAUGCGUAACAUUGAUCAAUUAUUUGUCGUGCGUGAAUCCGUUCGGUCACCAACACAUACGCGUUCUGCAGCAUGGUGUUAUGGAUCGCAAUGGUUAAAACUACGGUGGUACUAUUAGUACUGGUGAUUGCCACCAACAUCCGGUGCAUGUCAGUCGAUCAGGAUGCAACCUGUAGCUAUGUAGACCGGAACAACUAUCUGGACCCGGAGACAGCAGAACCAAUGAUAGAAGAGGUUUUCCGUGGCCACAUUACAGUGCUGUACAGUGUGGCUCCUCCGAAACCGUUCCUAACACGCCGCAUCUUCAAGGAACGGGAUCCAAUUUUUUACAACAACAUUCUUUACGACGAGCAGAUUCAGCUCUUCCACACGCUGCUGGACCGUUUCGAACGGAAUAGUUUCAGCCAGGUGCAAUUCAUCCUGGCAGCAACGCCCAGUCUACAUCCGGACGAGACCGAUUUUGACGACUUCGAGGAUUUUCUGGACAAUGUGACGAGUAUUGCAGCGAGCCACAACAUCUCCGUUUACCCGAAUCCAUUGAAUGGUAACGGUACCUACGCUAUGUUCGGUCUGAAGGAAUUUCAAUCCUACGUGCUGGACCGUUGCUCGCGGAUUGCCUACAUUAUUGAACCACCAUGGAGCUUGAUCCAGUACUCAUACGUGAAGGCAGCGGUUCUCUCAGCUCUGUAUGACCGACCCUGCGGUGAUUGUGACGUCGACAAUUUUCUAAACUCAUCAUUACCAGAGAAGAGACUGGAAGAAGUGCAGCUAUGUCCUUCGACUGAACCAACAACUGCGAAAAUGGAAACGACGGUACCUCCAAUGUUGGAAACAAGUUCCGAGAAAACCGUUUCUGAGACCGUCAUCGAAGAUACCGAUAAUGACGAAAUAGGAAGCGAUAUAGAACCUGAUGUUGAAAUUAGCACUGAAGAAACGGACUUUUUGAAUCAGAACUUUACUGAGGUUAAUACGUACAACAGCACCGAAGAGGAAGAUCCUUUUGCCAAUUUCACCGUAACCGGGCCAGAACUAUCCCUUCCAUUAAAAAUUAUCAUUCCGGUUAUCCACAUCCAUUUCGAACAACCGAAGACCAACAACACCUACGACAAAUACUCUUACAUUAUUGUUCAAAGUGACCAGCCAACACUGCAUUAUCAUGAAAGCAGCGUUAAAGAGAAUUCGACGGUCCCGUCUCAGUUGCGUGAAGUUUCAUUGGAAAAUACCGCUGUCAACAGCACUCUGCGUGUCGUAAAUGUCGACUGGCCAAUGACGCAGUUGCGAGAGAUACUAAACGCGUCUAAAAUCUACUAUGACGACCAAACUUCGCAAGUAUACCGCAAAAUAAACCGAUACAACACCUCCGGUUUCGACGAGCUGGAAGAACUCUUUGUGAGUAGUCAGUAUGCCGCUUGGAAACGGCGAGCCGAACAGGUCAAAACCGAGAAGCGCCAGUUGAUUCGAAAGCAUUACGAACGACUGAUACGAUGGCUUAGCUGGCAAUUCGACAAAUCUUGAUGAACCCCGCUGGAGGGGCUAGUUGUGUUUCGGCACAGAAUAGAGCAGUGAACUGCAACUUAAUACUCUUCCUAAUGUUAGAUAAUUUGUGUGUAUUAUUUAAAUAACAAACAGAAAAAACGCCUUUUUAUUCUUCAAUCGAACUCGAUGUUUGGUGGAAGUUUUCCGAGUUUUCUUGCCUCCGCAACUCGUCGGUGGUAGUCCGAAAA